AUGUACAGCAGUGGGAUCCUUGGUGCAGAAUUCACGGUCAACAGACGUCGGCCUUGUUUCUCCGAGAGCCCACCGCCACGCGAGCUCCCGAACCGCUGCUGCUUCAUCAGCCGCGCCUUCCGGGGGGGCUUGUCGGACGGUCGUGCAGAGCGAGAGCGUGUCGCUGGCGGGCGCCACUUACGGCCGGAGCCACCGCGCCUGCUCAGCUCCCCGCCGAGCGCUGAUGGCCUUCAGAUCAGCCGCUCCUCGAGUGCUGUCCUGCCGCUUCCGUCUGCCUGCAGAGGGGCCAGUAAUGCGGCCAGGCUGAUGAGCCGUCAGGUCCUCGUGUGCUCACCCUCGUUCCCUUUCAGCGUCUCGAGCAACGAGGUCCUUCUGGUGUCGACGCUGAUGUGUCACACCUGUGUGUGGGGUCCCGGGCUUCUCUUCUCUGGGUUCCAGAAUGUCACAGCCUUUUGUCCUAACCUGGGGCUUUGUGUGACGUGGGGAAAGGGAGGAAGCUGGGGUGAACCCCAACGCGCACAUCAGGGCCGGACCGAGGGUGAAGCAGACAGCUCUGGAGGCACUGGCUGGGGCUCCUCGUGGCCACUGGACACCACCGGGGCGAAGUACGGACUCCACUGA